AUGUUGCACAUCCGCGGUGGCGAGGGUGCCACCCUCGACGAGGGCCAGCGCCUGGUCCUGACGGCCGUGACGCGCCUGGCGUCGACGCUCUCCGCCCUCGGUGUCCUGACCAUCCUCUUGACAUUCUGCUUCACGAAGCACUUCCGGAAUCCCAUGCACCGCCUCAUCGUCAUCAACGCCUUUUACAAUGCUCUCGACGUAACGUGUACCAUGAUCUCGACCAGCGGGCCCAGAGCCGGGGAUACGUCCGCCCUCUGCCAAUUCCAGGGCUUUCUUAACCAGAUUUACGACAUUGAGUCGCUGCGGAGGCUGGAAUGGAAGUAUGUGGCCAGCAUCACGACCGUCACCUUCAUCCCCGCCUUCGUGAUGUUGUUUAUCAGAACCCCGGACAAGGGCCCCAUGUAUGGCGGAGUGACGCUCUGGUGUGCAAUCGCCCCGAAGUGGGUAUUGUUCAGAAUCAUCAUAUACUACGUGCCCAUCUGGUCCAGCAUCAUCAUCACCAUAGCCCUGUACCUGCUCGUAGGCUUGGAGAUCGUCAAGCGCCGACGUGUUCUCGAGUCCAUCACCAGCAGGAUGCACCGGGCGACCGCCACCGUCACUGCCGCUGGUGCCGACGAUGACGGUGACAUUCCGCCCGUCACGGCCGUGUCUUACCCCGAUUCCUCCCGCAACUCAACCACGGCCGAUUACGGCGGCCCCAACGGCGCCGCCACCACCACCACCACCACCACCAUUAUCAGCAGCAGUGGCGGCGGCGGCAAGUCCUACGCCGCGUCCACCUCCACCCGCAUCAUUCCCUCCAACCCGUCCUCUCUCUCGUUCCGACAGUACAUACUGAUGCCACUCUUCUUCUUCCUCGCGCUGCUCCUGGUCUGGGUAGCCCCGUCGACCAACCGCGUCGCCUCCUUCGCAAAGCCGGGCUUUUCCUCGUACCCGCUGCUGCUCGUCGUCGGCUUCACCGGCUCACUCCGCGGCUUCUGGAACAGCAUCGUCUUCGUCGUCGUCGGGAUGCGGUCCUGGAAGAGGAGGAGGAGAAGAGAGGAGCCGGACGAGAUGGCACUCCGGCCCGUGACAAGGGGAUGA